AUGCUAGUGUUGCCCGGCCCUUCCUACACGAACUCCGAUAAUCUAGCUCUACUGGCGGGGACUUUAAGAACUAUGCAGCGAGCAGCUUGUGACAAUCAAAUGGUAUCUUUGUCGUGUCCUUCUGGUACCAUAAUCAGUGUGCAGUUCGCACAGUACGGGAAGGCUGUGCCUGGAGGCCAUAGUUGUGUAGCUGACAGUGCAGGCAUAGUCGGUGAAACGGAAGAGUGCUUAUGGCCUAAUCCUAUGCAGUAUUCCAUAUUACAAACUGUGGUAGAGGCGUGUCAGAAAAAACCUCAAUGCGUGUUUAGUACUAAGUUGAAGCCAGGACAGGAAGACCCCUGCCCGCGAUCAAGAAAGUUCGUUGAAGUGGCGUAUAAAUGUCGACCCCAAGAGUUUCGCGGUCGGACAGGGUGUGAAGGCGACGUGGUCAAGCUUAGUUGCAACGCGUAUUCGCGUCUGGUGAUAUUCGAUGCGCAGUACGGCCGGACUGCUCUCGAGGCCAACGUAUGUCCACAGGCACCAGGAAUAUCAGAUGAAACGUGCACAUCUCCACUAGCAGUAGAAAAAGUGAUAAAGAUAUGUCAUGGGAAACGAUCGUGUCAAAUCGUCGCUAGAAAUGAAACAUUUGGCUCUAACUGUUUACCAAAGACCAGGCACAGCCUUAACGUGGUUUAUGCAUGUGUUCCUCUUGGAGUCCUCAUAGAGAGAUAUGAGAGUGCAAAUGAAGAAGACGAAGCAGAUAACAACUUUAAAGAUAAUAGUGAUAGCGGUCAUUUUGAUAAAUCAGAUGUUGGUAAGAAAUGGAAAGAGCCUAACGCUUAUGUAGCUAACGUCAAUGUUCCUCUACGUUCGACAAACGAUGAUAAAGAUACAUCGAUUGAGAUAUCAACGAAAUUAGAGGAUGAAGAGUCCCAACCCGUUAAGGAAUCGAAAUAUUUAUCCAAUAAAAAAUAUCUUAUUUACAGCAUCGCUGGAAUAAUAACGGCAAUCAUUAUAAUAGUUUUAAUAUUCGCAAUUCGCUAUUACAAAAUGCGAAAAAGAGAUAGGAAUUCUAAAAAUGGCGAUAUGUUCACUACAGAGACACCUAACGUUUUCAACGACGUGGCAUCAGAUAUUGACAACGAUGUUGACGUCAGUCAUAUUUCUGGAACAUUCUUUGAUCCUGUGCAUCCUGAUAUGAUUAUAUAUAGGGAUGGUCAGACUAAAACUGCUUUAAGGGCUAUGAAACCUUUAUCCACAGUGUACCCUUGUGCUGGCAGUAGUAUGUACGGGGUCGAUUACAUACAGCCUCGUAGUACAAGGUUCAUGAAUAAAGAAACAGAACCAGAAAUUAUGAUGAGUCCAAAGAGUUUACAUGGAUUUACUAAUUCCCAGUUUUAUUACGGG